AGUUGGUAUGUGCAAUACAUAGCAAUUGAAAACCUCACAUUUUGAUUUAGAAAAAUAAAAAUAAAAAAAAUAAAAAUAAAAAUCAAAAGACUGAGAUCUCAAGAAUGGUGGACACAAAGCAACUUGUAUCAGCAAUGACCUCUAUAGUACUUAUGCGAACCAUCACCAAUGAAAUCAUUCCUCAUGAGCUUAUAGCUUUUCUUCACUCCGGAAUUGCUCAUCUUUUUCGCCAAUUCUCCGUUCAAUUCACCGUUGUCAUCGAAGAAUUUCAAGGCAUGGCAAGAAACCAAGUUUUCGAGGCUGCCGAAGCCUAUCUUGGAACUAAAGCAACCAUCUUAGCAGAAAGAGUUAAAGUAAGUAAAUCAGAGGAUCAUAAAAACCUUGCAUUCAACAUAGAUAGAGAUGAAGAAAUAAGUGAUAAAUUUGAAGGUGUUAGAGUUAAGUGGAAACUAAUUUGCAUACAAGUUGAUUCGUCUCGAAUUCGACAUUAUGAUAAUAACUCUUCUCCAUUGUCAGAGAUAAGAUCCUAUGAGCUUACUUUCCACAAAAAACACAAGAACAAAGUCUUCAAUUCAUAUUUACCUUACGUGAUGGAAAAGGCAAGGGAAGUUAAACAAGGAAGCAUGGAAAUUAAGAUUCACUCAAAUGAAUAUUAUUCUUGGUGUAAUGAACCUGUUAAGUUUAAUCAUCCAAUGAGUUUCAAAACUCUUGCAAUUGAUGAAGAGCUUCAAAGAGAUAUUGUCAAUGAUUUGGAUAAUUUUGUGAAGGCUAAAGAGUUUUAUAGAAAAACAGGAAAAGCUUGGAAACGUGGUUACUUGUUGUAUGGUCCUCCUGGUACUGGAAAAUCAAGUUUGAUUGCAUCUAUGGCUAAUUAUCUUAAUUAUGAUAUAUAUGAUUUGGAUCUCACUCAAGUAGGUGAUAAUAGGUGUUUGAGGCAAUUGGUUCUUGGCAUGUCUAACCGUUCUAUACUUGUCAUUGAAGAUAUUGAUUGUACUAUAAACUUGCAUAACAGAGAAGAUGGUGAAGAAGUUGUUGAUAAUGGACAAAAUAAGGUGACACUUUCAGGACUAUUGAAUGCUGUAGAUGGUCUAUGGUCAUGUUGUGGAGAGGAACACAUAAUUGUUUUCACAACAAAUCAUAAAGACAGGCUUGAUCCUGCUCUGUUAAGGCCUGGAAGAAUGGACAAACAAAUUCAUUUGUCAUAUUGCAACUUCUCUGCUUUUAAACAAUUGGUCAUCAACUACCUUGACAUCACUCAACAUGAACUCUUUGAAAAGAUUGAAGUGCUUCUUGGACAAGUUCAAGUUACUCCAGCUGAAAUUGCAGAAGUGCUUACAAAGGUUGGUGAUGCCACUGAAUGCCUGCAAGACCUUAUCAAAUUCCUUGAAGACAAGAAAAUGGUCAAGGAAGAGAUUAAGAAUGAAGAAAAUGUCAAAGAAGAUGAUGAACUAAGUAUAGAAAAUAUAUAGGUCAUGUUUGGUUCUGUACAAGGCAACAUUAACCUAUGUUAUUUUUAUUUUGAUAAAUUUUUUGAAACUAAUUGUCUCUCUUUGUUUCUUCAUUUUGACAAAGGAAUUAAUAUAUUAAAAAGAGAAAAGAUUUA